AUGAUUAUAACAAUAGUAGAACAAAAAAAAAUCAAAGAAUUACACUAUAUUAUUUUGCUUUACUUUUUUAUAGCCUUAUAUAUUAUAGCUAGAGUUCUAAUACUAUCAAAUUUCUUAGUAGAAUCUUUAUACAGUUUAUGUUCUUCUUUUGCAAUAGCUUCUAUAUCUAUAAGAAAUGAGAUAUUCUCCCACAAGUAGGAUGCUCAAAGUUAAAAAAAGGAUGAGGAGUGCAGUCAACUGAAAUCAUUUGAGCAACCCCCAAAUUCGGAUUAAGUAAAAUUAAAACAAGUAUCAGGUUAAAUCCAUAAUUUAUCACACGGAUUAGUCAAUCCCUCAAAUAUUUAUGACAUGGAUUACUCUUAGAACUUUAACAUGCGCAAGAAGCAAACUCAUAGUUUGAAUAAUUCUAUAUACCAUACUAAAAGUAAAUAGCUCUCAGCAAAAAGUUAUGAAGAAAAGCAGUUUGCUUAAAUUAUUCUUUCCCAAAUACGAACAGGCAUAGCUCUUAUUAAUUCGCAAUUUCAAUUAGUUUACACAAAUAGGUAUUUAAAGCAGUAAAUGAAUACAUCAAAUUAAUCUAUUCUACUAUAGAAAUUACUUGGAGUAGAAAUAAUAUAGAAUUAAACUAGUCAAGAGGAUUGCUGUGAUGUUUCUGAAACAUGGAGUAAAACGCAUUUAAAUAACAACGAAAAUAAUCACAAUAAUCAAGAAUAAUUAUUAUAAAAAUAAACACUUAGCAGUUUUAAAACUAAUGUCAAUACAAAUAGUUCACAUAAUCGAAACUCAAAUCACCAACAAAACUAAGGAUUAGAUAGCCAUAGUUCAAUUGCAGAAAAAAGAUUUAACUAAAUUGAAACACUAAACAAUAUUACAGAAAUUUAAUCGAGGCUUUAUCCCAAUCAAAACAAUAAAAAAAAUAACAAUUAAACAAAGAAUAAAUUAACUUAACAAUAGCUAUCAUUUAUAGAAAAUAAAACAUAAUUAAAGCAAUUUUCUUAGUCAGAAAAGCUGAUACCAAAUAAAUAAUAAAGAGUAAAAUUUUAAAAGUGUGAUUAACUCCUUAACCAAGAUCUCAAAAAUGGGGAGAAACAAGAAGAAAAAUAAGAAUUUUCAUUCAAAUAGAAUGAAAUAACAUAUUUCUGCAAUGAAUCAAAAUGUAAUGAUGAAAAAAGGUAUAGGAAAAACUUAAAAAUGGCUCUUAAAAAUAUGCAUCAGUUGCUAAUCCCACCUAACAUUUUAUAAAUUUUUAAACGAUAAUAAUUAGUAUUACAAGAUGUUUUAGAAUAUCUAUUUGAAUGCUAGGAAAAACAAGAUAAAUAAAAUUGUUGGAGUAGUGAUGAUCUCAAUGAAAAGAAGAAAACAAAUUAAAUGCAAUAAGAUUAAAUUAUUGAAGCUUAAUAAGAAUAGUCAUAGAAUAUUAUUUAUUUAAUUGAGAAUAACAAUUUGGUGUUAAGUUUCAAACAGAAAUGGGAUAAAUCAAGCUAUAAGAAAAUAAGAGUCGGUUUUUAUGCUUCUAAAAAGGGUUAUGACCCAAGCGAGUUGUUUACAAAUGGAGUUGUUAUGAUUGAGGUACUAGAAGACUAUGAACUAUCAAAAACGAUAGAAGACCAUGAAAUAAAUGAAUACAAGAAUCGUAUGCUAGCAUCAGUCUCACAUGAGUUAAGAACACCUCUAAAUUGUAGUAUUUAGCUGCUUUAAUCACUCCUAUAAAGAGAUUAGGAAUAUUAAAAUAUGACCCCUUUGGAUGGGGAGAUAAAAGAAAUGAUAAUAAAGCCUGCAUUAAACUCUAACCUUUUAUUGUUAAAUAUUAUAAAUGACAUUCUAGAUUAUGGCUAGAUCAAUUAAGGAAAAUUAGAGCUUUAAUUUCAACCAUUUUCAAUUGUUGAUGCUAUUACUGAAUGCAUAGAUCUCAUUUACUUUUAAGCGAAUCAAAAAGGAUUGACAAUCGAAGUUGAGUUUGAUGUUAAUCUGCCAGAAUUGAUUUACUCAGAUUAAGGUCGCUUAAAAUAAGUUUUAUUGAAUUUGUUGAGCAAUUCUUUGAAAUUCACAGAUGCUGGCACUAUCAGAGUCAAUUCAGUAGUAGAAAAUUUUGACUUAAUAAGAAUAGAUGUAAGUGAUACAGGUUGUGGAAUUCCAGAAGAUAAUUUAGAGAAAGUCCUUUAAGCCUUUGGAAACAAGUCAACAGGUAAAUUUUUGAACACGAUUGGAGCAGGCUUUGGAAUGAGCAUAGCAAACAAUUUAGCUCUUGGGCUAGGUGGAAAUCGCUCCAUACAAAUCUAAUCAAAAGUAAAAGAAGGAUCUACAUUUACUUUCUAUGUCAUAAACAGAGCUAAAAAUAAAAAGGGAUGCUAGUAUAAGCUAAAAGAUGUAUUCAACCUUAAACUUGUUAGAUGGGAAACUCUCAACAGACUUGAUGUAUAGUCUACUUAUUUAAGAAAUAAAAAGCAAAAGACUAAGAUACCUUCAGAAUUAUUAAACAAUAAAUCCGACUUUGAUAAUCCAAGUCCUUCAUAAAUUGAUAAUCAAGACGUUUAGACCCUAUCUCACAAAACAAACACCUUUGUAAUAACGUACAGACCGAAAAGUGACAAUCUUAAACAAAUACCAACUCGUAGUUUCUCAAUUGGUCAGAGCAUAAAAUCAAAUUAAGAAAUAAAAACAAAAACAAAACAAAAUUCAUCAACGAAGUAUACAAAAAAAAAGAAUUCUAUUGUUGACUGCUUUGAAUAAAUGCAACAUAUAAAUCAGCAAAACUAAAUUUAAGAACAAUAAUAUUAUUAGCAAGAUUAGUUUUCAUGUCCUUAUCUAUAUAAAAGCGAAUAAAAACUUUAGAUUAUUGAAUCUUGUUAGAUUUUAGAAGAUCAACAAAGUGAUUUGGUUUUUAUGUUCGCAAGCGAUAUACCUAAAAACACAACAAAAAAAUAUUUUAGAGAUUUUCUUUUCAUAGGUGAUGAAACAUCAAUUAGUUUAAGUCAUAGAAGAAGUUUUGAUACUGUGAAUGACGAAACGAAAUACUCUCAAGACUAAUUAGAAAGCAAAAACAGUUCUUCAGUUAAAACGCCAAAAGUUGUUUCAUUGUUGAAUAAAGCCUAAUCUAUUAAUAAUUAAAAAGCAGUUUAGUUUGAUAAAAAUAAUUAAACAUUCACAAAUAAAUUAUUAGAAAGUACAAUAAUUAACAGCAACUUGUAAAACAACAAUAUAUUAAAACAAGGCAUCUCUAGCUAGAAUUCCAUCACAAAUUUGUAACAAGAUGGAAAAAUAGUGAUCAAGCAAUUCAAUUAAAUUCAAUCUUGUAACUGUUCAAAAAUAUUGGUGGUUGACGACAAUGAUUUUAAUCUCUAUGCUAUCUAAAUGUGCCUUAAAUAAUAUGGUUUUGUAAGUGAAAAAGCAACAAGUGGGUUUAUGGCUAUUGAUAAAAUAAAAUAAAAAUUAAAAUAAUCUGAUUGUUGUUUAACUUAUAAGUUAAUUUUCAUGGAUAUAGAUAUGCCCAUAAAAGAUGGCUACGAGACAACUAAAAACAUUUUAUAAUACUUUUAAAAAAAGAAUAUACCUCCACCAAAAAUAUCAGCCUGCACAGCUUAUGUGUAAGAAAAAGAAAGGAAAAAAGCAUUUGACUGCGGAAUGUCCUACUAUCUUACUAAACCAAUCAAUAGCUUUGAACUUGAAAACAUAUUAAAAAUAGAAUUUAAUUUUAAAAAAUGA